AUGAACAGCUCACCGUAUGGUGGCUUUGGUGGAUAUGGCAGCUACUCAUCACCAUACUCCCGACUCGGCGGCUUCGGCGGGUCCAUGUAUGGUGGUAUGGGUGGAUAUGGAGGCAUGUAUGGCGGCAUGGGAGGUAUGGGAAGCAUGUACGGUGGGAUGCCGGGCAUGCCAGGCGAUCCCAAUGACCCCAACAGCUUGACCAACUCCUUCGGUCAAAGUACUCAAGCAACAUUUCAAAUCAUUGAAAGUAUCGUCGGUGCCUUUGGCGGAUUCGCCCAGAUGCUUGAGAGCACCUACAUGGCGACGCACAGCUCCUUUUUCGCAAUGGUCUCUGUGGCAGAGCAGCUCGGCAAUCUGCGACAAACACUUGGAUCUGUCCUCGGCAUCUUUACUCUGCUGCGAUGGCUCCGCACACUAUUUGCCAAGGUGACUGGACGGCCGCUACCUGCAUCAGCCACGGAUCUGACGCCGUCCAACUUUGCCGCCUUCCAAGGCCAAGGGCCAAACGGCCAACAAGGCGCGUCUCGCCCCAGCCGAAAGCCUUUUAUCAUAUUCGUUCUGGCCGUCUUCGGCCUGCCGUACCUAAUGGGCAAAUUCAUUCGCGCUGUCGCAGCCAAUCAAGAAGAGAACGAACGCAGACGCCUGAGCGCCAUGCCGGCACAACAGCCCAUCGACCCGAGCAAGCUCGACUUUUGCCGCGUGACGUACGACUGGAAGCCCGAGAAUGUUGCCGAGGGCAUUGAUCUCGAGGUCAAGAAGGGCGACCUCGUUGCCGUCCUCACCAAAUCUGACCCUAUGGGAAACCCGUCCGACUGGUGGCGCUGCCGCGCCCGUGACGGCCGCGUCGGCUACCUUCCUUCCACCUACCUCGAGACUAUUCAGCGAAAACAACCAGUGAUGGACGCUCCGGCUACCCCCGCGAUCGAGGCCGCGCCCAAGACCCUCACCGAGGGUCCCCAAAAAGCAUCAGUCGAAGAUGCGGAUCCCAAGAAGAUACCCGCGUAA